AUGGUCGCCCCCGCCGUGCCAGAACUUACCGAGGAGGUCCUCCACGAGUCGAUUGACGCCAGAACCGAAUCACUGGUUGCGCUGCGCGAGCUUGGUCCACCCGACCUGGUCCAUCUCCUAAAGCAAGGCGUGCGAAAUUCGGGAAAGCAGACCGGCCUCUACCAUCAUGUUACUGGUGUCGAUGCGUCAUCAUCUGCCAGUCUUGCCGCAUAUAUCAACACUCUCACCUACAAGGACAACGGUCCCAAUGCCACCUCCAAGAUUGUAGAAGGCGUAUACUGCUGUUACAAUGCGUUUUCUCGACUUGAUAUGCGCGUACACGUAUCGAUUCCCGGUACCGUCGAGAGCUACUGCGUCGACGAGCGAGGCGAGAAGCGAAAGGCAUCUGAUGAGUUGUGGCUUGAGACAUAUCUCUGCAGCGUCUUGAGGGCGUAUUCAUACGCCGAUGAUGGCAGCGGCGACACCAUCCGCAAGAUCGUGGGCGUCAGGAGAUUUAACCCCGUCACGAAUACAGAGACAGAACAGAGAUUCCUCAAUGCCGCCGAACAACUCUUCUUUCGAGGCUGGCAGCUUGGGUCCGACUCGGUCGUUCAAGUUCCCACCAAUGUUUCCAAUCACCUCACAACCGGGCUUCUGAAAUAUCUCGAGACAACAGGUCGCUAUGCAUCAGGCAUUAACCUCUUCGAAAAGCUACGUACACAGAGCAUCGAGGUCUCAUCGCUAUUGUCAAGGGUCAUGUUUAUGGGUAAUGAGGAAGUUUCCGGCGUCAAAAAUUUGUACCAGUCGCUACAGGAGACCCCGAUGGACUAUGUCAUGCUCGAUGCACAGGCAGAAUUCCUGCUCAAGAAGGCUCAGACUGCGGAAACACCAGAGGCAAGAGAAGAGAGAUUGAAGAUGGCUCUGGGCUGUGCAGACCGUAGCACCAUUGCCGCGCCCAGUGAGUUUGGUACAUGGGCACGUCUAGCCCAAGUCUAUGUUGCCAUGGAAGAUUGGGAAAACGCACUCACCACGUUGAACUCAUGCCCCAUGUUUACAUAUCAGGACAAGGACACGCCCAUUAUGCCUGAGCCAAGAGACGUACAUUUGCCAACCCUUCCCGAGACGCGACUUGAUGAAAUCGACAGCGAGCCGGAAUCCAGAUUCUCAGAGCAAGUUGACAGCAGUCUGCUUGGGCUGCGGGCUGCGGGUUAUCGGGGCACCUUUAAGCAGGCGUAUAGUAUUCUAACGGAAAUGACUGCCAAAAUUGGCUGGGAUCAGUUGUUGAAGAUUCGAAGUAAUGUGUUUGUCAUGGAAGAUGAGUACCGCACGGAGAAGCAAGAGGCAUCACAACCUGGCCCUUCGAAGCGAAACGCCAGUCUCGACGGCCUCCGAGGUACUCCGGAUCCUACAACGAAUGGAGAAGACGAGUCGGAGAAUGGGGAUGCUGAAAAGCCAGCUGCAAAUGGGGAGGAGACAGCCGACACCAAUGGCCACGGCAACAGCGUUGAGAAACCAUCUCACACUAUUGACCCAAACCAGGUCAAGGCUGAAUCUGAUAGCAGCACACAGAAUGACGAGCACCUGUCGAAGCUGAACACGAAGCGUCUCUGCGAGAGAUGGCUUGACAGCUUGUUUAUGGUACUGUACGAGGACCUGCGAGUGUACACCAUCUGGCGGACGCAGAUGGCCCAAUAUCGAGCCCAGCAAAUGCAGUAUAAGAAAUCUGCAGAGGAAUGGGAGAUUUUGGGAGGACUCGCCGAGCGUCUGCAACAUCUUGAAGAAGCCGUCGAAGCCUACCGAGCGUGUCUUUCGCUGCGAUUCAGCCCCAAGUCUCUGGCAGGCGUGCUUCGUGUUUUCGAGAAGACCAAGAGUACCAGGGACACGGUAGCGGCAGUUAUCAGACUGGUAACUUGGCAGUACCGCUGGUACAGCGAGUUUAGUCCAGAGCUGCUGCAUACAAUUCGAACACUGAUUGAGGAUGAAGGGGCCGUCAAGGUCAGGAGCAUUAUUCAGGCGACCAGUCUUCCUCAAAACGUGCUGGAUUUGACGCACCACUACGCGGCAUUGUGUGCUACGUUCCGAAGCAGCGGGACCGAUGGCUAA